CUCUAAAACCAGGAUAAUGGUGUCUUGGACCAACAAAGAAGAAACCAGGGUCCUGAAUGAAUGUUUUGUUUGACUGGUUUUACUUUGAAAACAAAUCGUCCUGUUGACCCAAAUCGGCUUUAUUUUUCUGUAGAACAUUUUUUGUCAUGUCAUUGAAGGUGGCCUGAAGAGAAAUAAUUACAUUGAAUAAGUGUCUCCUUUCUUAUCGUUUUUGUCCCAUAUUUUGUUAAAUAACUAAAAUCAUAUGUCACAUGAUUUCUCCAGCUAUGUCCACCCAGGAGCUCUUUGUUGCUGCAGCUCGUAAAUGUUUGUCUGCUGGUAGAAAAUCUCUUUCUGUCCCUCAGAGUCUAGAUCUGGCUGUUCAGGUCUUGGCUGUUGAUCUGGGAUUGAAACCGGCUUUAUUGUACGAUAGCAACAGCGCCGGUGCAGAUCAGGUGCAGCAGUAUUUGAGCUCUUUGCAGUCUUCCCAGCUUGUGUCUAAAUCACUUGUCACACUGGAUUUAAAUGGAAACACUCUUAUUGUUAAUACACUUACAGCCAGAUCAAAUGUAGAACAGCUGUUUCAUGAUAACAAUGUGGCUGUGAUUGAUGUCUGCCACAAGCUGGAGAAGCCCUGCAUCGCUGACUCGCUCGGAGGAGAGACGAAGAGCAUGAUACAAGAUUUACUGCUUCUCCUGAGAGGGCUUGAACAACUGAAGGAGGCUGAGAAACCUCAUUAUGUUGGAGAGAAGUCAGAUGAGUGGAACCUGUGCACAGUGUUUGGUCUUUUGUUGGGUUUCCCUGUCACUUACUGGUUCAAUCAGACCAAGAGCUUUGAAAACUGUCUGUCUAUGACUCCCCUGACAGUAACUACAGCUUCGGCAACGUGGCAGACGGACUCCGCAGCUCACAGAUGUUGUUUGUACUCGUUCAGCUUCCCGGCCGAUCUGCUUAAAACCGUGCAGUCCAACCUGGAACACUGGAGGCUUCGUUUACAAGAAAGAUUUAAGCAGCAAAAUGUCCUCAAGGAUCUUACAUUUGGUCAAUCCACAGUUACUCUGCCCUCAGUUUGUUUGUGAUGCUGACAUGAAGUUUGUCUUUAAAAUAAACUGUC